CUGGGCCGCUGCAUUGAGCGCCGUGGGAUGACGUUCGGAUUCUACACCCUACUAAUGGCCUGUGAAAAUCAUCCCUAUGCGAUGAAGGUUCUCGACGGUGUCAGACUCUCCCCUACGCGUAAACGUUCCGCAACAGUGCCUCGCCGAUGCAUGUUACGUCAGGGUAUUCACUAUGAUUUGCACCCCAUCGACCAGCCGGGCUCGACGAUACCGCAGAGAUCUAGGGCAGUCGAUUCGAUGUAAUUGCUAGCUGUUCGACUCUGAAUGGCAGCUUUAAUCUCGCGGCCAUAGAUCUUCACGAUGUAAAAGUAGCAUUGGCUCGUUGAACGCUAGCUGUUCACAGUGGGAUGGAUCUCGAUGGAUGGAACCGUCCACUGUGUGGAGGGAUUAGUUGCUGGCAGCUUCAGUGUUUAGCCAAGGGACAUAUCUAGUCUAGCGUUGUUGGUUUGGUACGUUCUCGAAAUUUAGUAAUUCAGUUUGUGAUUCUUCCGAUAUCGAUGGAUCUGCUUGUGG